UCACGACCGGUUAUCAUUCAAUCAAGGCAGUGUUGUGUAGUGAGCAGUUGAGUUAAAACGUGUUAAAGAAAACUUCAUUAUCGUAAAAAGUUUUUUAUAAAAAGAAGCCGCCAUGCUAUCCCCCAUCCACUACCGGUUGCUUGGCCAGACAGUAGCCCUAGCCCUGCACGCCGGUAACUCCGUCGUGAUGUUCAAAUCGAUGCUGAACCAGGAACUCCUGAGGGACCACAAGAUCAGAGACAUGGUGUCCUUGCAGAGCCGGUAUCUGACUGUUUGGAAUAUUGCCUUCCAGCUGUUCUACUUUGGUCUAGCAUUUGCCUGUGACUUCACAACAGUGACUGGAAGAGAAAGUCUAAUACCCAAGAGUGUUAGACACUUUCGACAGAGGUUUUAUGCUGCCGUAGUUUUCCCUGUGGCUGUGCUAAUAUUCGUAAUAUUCUGGCCUAUAUUUAUCUACGAUAGGGAACUACUCUUCCCUGCCUUCAUAGACAAGAUAUUUUCUUUCGAAUCGAACCUGGUGAUGCAUUUCUGUAUUCUGCCCGCCGCUGUCUGGGAGCUGGCCUUCUUACAACGGCCUGUACCAAAAUCGCAUAAGAUAAACUUCGGAAUCAUUACUUUAAUUAAUAUUGUUUAUAAUGCUUUAGUCGUCCACACAUACCUCCAACGCGGGUUAUUCCCCUACCCAAUUUUAUACAUGAUCUUCGGGACCAUAUUCUACCCUAUAUUGGUAGGUAUAGUAUAUGUUGCAGGACUAGGCAUAUACCUAUACCAAUGGAAGCUAACGACAUUCUUCUGGGGACAAGAGAAAAAGAAAAGUAAACCGAAAAGAAAAUAAAUAAAAAGUUUUUUUUUAGUUUAGAAUAAAAUAUUUAUU